AUGUUACUCAACUAUCAGAUAGUUCUUGUAUUGAAUUUUCUAAAUUUGAUUAUUGCUAAUCAUUACAGUACUAUUCUCAAUAAUCAUGACAAUAUUAGAUUAAUUUCAUCAGUACUUGGCACACGACUAAUAUUCAAUGUCGACGGAGUCAAUGAAAUAACAACAGAUGGUGAAAGUCUUAAAACAAUUUUUUGGUACAAGGGUAUUAUCGAUUUGAAACCAUUAUAUAUUGUUCCAAAUCGAUCACGAUACCAUAUAAUAAAUAGAACAAAACUUCUAAUUGAACAAACGUCGAUUGGUGAUGAAGGAUUUUACACAUUAAAAAUUCAAACUAAAUUAAAUUCUUAUAAACAAUAUUUUUAUCAUGUAAUCUUAUUUACACAAAAUCUUUCACUUUUCAUAACUUCACCAUCAUAUCGUCGAAUUACUUACCAUGCUGAACAAUCGAUCAAUUUUACUUGUUCAAUAUCUUUAUAUGCUGAUCGUACUUAUAUUGAACAAAUACGUUCUGUAUUUUCAUCGACUUGGUUUAUGAUUAUCUAUAAUAAUGAUCCUGAUCAUUAUCAACUACUUUCGUCAUCAUCUAGUGCUCAUAUAUAUACGGCUUAUCUUUUCAAUUAUGAACUUAAUCAAAAUGAUCAUAAUCAAACAGUAUCUUGUUCACUUAUUCAACAAAAUUUAAAACAAAUCGUUAUACUUAAUGUUACUCUAAUAGAUAUAUUAAAUAUUGAAUAUAAAGCAUAUUUAUAUGGUAAUUAUUAUUUUACACGCUCAUUUAAUAGUUAUUCAUCGAUCGAAAUUGAUUGUGAAGAAUUUGAUGGGAAUCCAAAACCAGUUUAUAGUCUUAUAUGGAUGUUAAAUAGUGAAAAUCGUACAUUAUUGAAUAAAACGAAACAUGGACGAUAUUUUAUUGAUAAUGCUAAUUGGCGACAUCGAGAAAACGAUCCAGAUGAAGAAAAAUAUAAACGUCGUAGUGUAUUUACAUGGUUUGCUCGAUGGUUACGUUCUCGUCAAACUACAAAUCGAAAAGACUCUGUGCUCAAUCGAACACAAAUAUCUCGUACUCGUUAUAUAGUUUAUAUAAUAUUUGUAAUAUUAUUUAUUUUUCUUACAAUUCUAACAAUUUUAUAUAAUAUAACACGAGGUGAUAAUAAUGAAUAUGUAAAUCGAAAUGAUGAUCCACAAUUUAAUCCAUUUAAUAAUCCAUUUAUACAUGUUGGUGGCCGAUUUUUGAAAAAAACUUUGAAAGAUCCAAAUUUACCUAAUGAUCAACCAAAAUAA